AAUGAUGAAGUCCUCUCUCCAUGCAGAAGAAGAUGACUUUGUGCCAGAACUCCAGAGGAGCAUCCACCCCAGGGAGAGGCCAGACUGGGAGGAGACACUCAGUGCUAUGGCCAGAGGAGCAGAUAUCCCGGACAUCCCAGGGGAGCUGCCGCUCCGCACCUGCGGCAGCACCGCCAGCAUGAAGGUCAAGAACGUCAAAAAGUUAUCCUUCACAAAGGGACACUUCCCGAAGAUGGCUGAAUGUGCACAUUUCCACUAUGAGAACGUGGACUUUGGCAACAUCCAGGUAAAAGCAGUUGUCUGUCAGCUGGAAACAGCAGGGAUGGAGGAGUACUCCCUCUCUGUGUCUGUGUGGGCAAAGUUCUGCCCUGGAACAAGAUCACACCUGAAAUUCCAGAUUGCCUGUUUUUUUUUUUUUUUCCCAGUGAAAUGGGAAGAAAUCCAGUGUGGGUUUUGUAGUGGAAAGACAACUUCAA